AUGAAACUCCCUUACAAUCGACCAUGGCUCUUUGAAAUAUCAGAUCAUCCUUCGUGUCCUGAACCUAUCAGAGUGGGUGUACAGAAGAUGUUAACUUCCUUAUGGUUACAUCGUGUAUUCCCUUUCCAGGCUCAGGCGCCGUACGAAUUGGCAGCGAAUGUAUUGGAGAGGGUUAUAAAUGAGAUCGAACAAGAGGACAACGAUAAUGGGCAGAAUACAAUAACGAUAAAUGGAAUUGGAAAUGGACAAGGGGAUAAGAAAGAUACGUUAAAGGUGGUAGAUUUCUGUUCGGGCGCUGGAGGACCUAUCAAGAAGAUUGAGAAGAGGAUCAAUAAAAAUCGUAAAUACCCCAUCCCAUUCCUCCUAUCCGACUUGAACCCACCACUAGACCAAUGGAAGAAAAUAUACGGUCCUCCGACAACCUCUUCAAGCCAGAGGCAAAAACAGAAGACGAUAUCUUAUAUCCCAUAUCCAGUUGACGCUACGGCUACGUCGAGCGGUAGCAAUAUGGGAGGAGUAUUAGAUGAAAAGCAUCUGAGAACGUUUUUUCUCAGUUUUCAUCAUUUCAAUGAAGAGCUCGCGAGGGGCGUGUUGGUAGAUGCUAUGAGGGGAUCAGAGGGGAUUUGUAUAUUCGAAUUGCAGCAAUGUAAUUUCAGGAGUCUAUUUAUGAUAGUCAUGUUAGGCCCCUUAUCCUGGUUAUUGACACCAUUCACUAGACCUACACUAGCAAUCCUAUUCUUCACAUACAUCAUCCCCUUAAUCCCAUUAACACUCAUAUUCGACGGUUUCAUAUCCGUCUAUCGAACUCGAUCGAUCUCACAUAUAUUACGACUUACCAACCUAGCAAGUCUGACGAUACAAUUGGAGAAUCAAGAUGAUGCCUCCAAAGAGGAUUACGAGUGGGAUUGGGAGUUUGGGAGGGUCAGACAUACGUGGCCUUGGGGUUAUAUGAUUUAUUUUGUGGGUAGGAAAAAGAGAUAUUCGUAUGACGAGGAGGAAGAGGAGUUUGAACAGGAGUAG